AGUGCUCUGGUUUAUUGACAUUAAUUUACGAAUAUGAAUUUUAAACUCGCCUCAUUUAUCCUAAUAAUUGCCGUGAUCAAUUUCGAGUUCGGGGAGUCCCUGCGUCGAAGACGAUUUUGCAGAUGUCUAUGGUCACGCAGAAGGACUUGGCCCCGUAGACCUACUAUCCCUGUUGAUGCUGAAAAUGAAAACGCAAAUAAAAUGAAAAGCAUGAUGAACGAAGAGAUGUCUGACAAUGAUGAUCAAGAAACUAAGGAGCAAAUGGAGCAUCUCGACCCAGAUGAAUUGAGAAUCCUUCGACUUCGAGAAGAUGAUGCCAAUGAUGACAACGACGAAGCGGAAUAUUUUUUCGAUAAUCUUCAAGAAGAUUAAAUGAUUAUUGCCUGCUUGAUUGUAGAUCCAAACGAUUGUGUUUUCUGAUUAGACCUCGAUUUCAGUUUUUUGCAUUUUUAUUCAGACAAGAAAUAUAAAUACUCAAUGAAAUGAUAAUUGCUAAUUUUAUUGCAGACAGUUUAGAUUGAGGUAAAUGCUUUGGGAGAUAGUGAAGGAUAAAUUUUUAAUAACAGACUCUAGCUCAUA